UUAAUGUGGCUCACAACAUCCGCUUUUCUUUGUGACGGACCGUUCCAUCAGAAAGGGACUAUGUUGGGUCCAAGGAGCCGACAUUUAUUAUACAGACUGAUUAAAGAGAGUUCGGGUUCUUUGGGUUUGUUUAAGAUGAUCUGAGCCGGUUUUCCCGACCGAACAAACAGAAUGAGCCGCCUGAGCGCCACCGUUCCGGUAGAGGAGUACCUCGCGGAAAGUCACGUUCUUUUCUACCUGAGUGACGCCGUAAGCCAGCUGCUGGAGCACAAAGAGGAGUACACCCAGUUCGGACUGAUCCGCUACUUCGCCGAGUAUUUCAGCAGCGUGAAGAACAGCAACCACAUCCUCUUCAGGGAGUUUAACUACAUCAGAGCCACUCCUCACAACAGGGUUUCCUUUAUCAGAGUCUUCUGGAGGUGCUUCAGACAAAUCGGCAAGAGUGGAGAGCUGUUAUCCAUCCAGGAGUACAGGUCCCUGCUGCAGUUACUGUGCCCGGAUUUCUCGAUGGAGGUGGUGCAGAACGCAGCCAGAAUUGUUCUGAUGGACGACGCCACCGACUGUCUGAUGUCAUUCUCUGACUUCAUUUAUGCCUUCCAGCUGCAGUUUUACUACCAAGAAUUCUUGGAGAGCGUUUUGGCGAUCUACCAGGAUCUGCUUGCAGGGAAGAGUCCCAACACCGUGUUUGUCCCCACCUCGGCCUCGGUGGAGCAGCUCCCCUCUGUGGCCGUGGAGGAGAACGAUAAGGAGGAGCAGCAGCGAGAUGGGGUGGAGGCGUGCAUGCUGGCCGAUUGUGUGGACGCUCUCUGCGACCGGUUCAAGCACAGCCAUCCUUCCAGGGCGUGUGUGAGGGAAAUCCUGGAUCAGACCGACAAGGUUUCUUACUACAGCUUCCUCAUGAGUCUGGCUAAACAUGAGACCAUCAAUCAAACCAUCGGAGCAUUGCCCAGCAAGGCGGAGCUUUUCUUCGACCCAGAGAUGGACCAGGAGCUGGACAAACUGAUUGCUCAGAUCUCGGUGAGUCCUGGCAGCAAUAGCAGCGGCAGCGCCGUGGGAGGGCUGAAGGAAGUGCAGAGGAGGGCCUCCCCCCGCAGGAACAUCCACCACAGGCGGAAGAUGGAGGUGGAGAGCGACGGCUCCACAGAGGAGACGGAUUCUUCUGAAAACUGAAAUCUGAUCUUCUGGUUGUGAAGAACACAUCCUGAGGUUUCGAAAACACUGUUCGGUUGUUCAUGUACUGUUUUUAUUUCUCAUUUAUAACCUGAUGACUAAAUCGGUUGUUCAUGUACUGUUUUUAUUUCUCAUUUAUAACCUGAUGACUAAAUCUAGUUUAGUGUGAAGGUUUGAUUUUCAGAAAUAAUCAACUUCCUUCUGAAGAGCAAUUGUUGUUCUGCACUCAUAAGAUGCUAAACGAAGAGGAUGUUAAUGCGACUGACAUGUCCACAGAGUCAAGUAGCGUUCAGGAGGGUCAGAGUUUGGAUCAGGAUGGAUUACAUCUAAUAAAUAAUACAUCUGUGAGGAUUUUUGACAGUUAUCUACUCUAAAAUGCACAGAUAUUUAGGUAUUGUUCCUCCACUUGCUGACCUCCGAGGCUGACCUCUAGAGGAUGCUUCAAGGGAGGUCCAGAAAAAACUUGUUAGAGCCCUUUUGCUAAUUGGACCAAACCAUCUACUAGAAAAGAGAAAAGUGGACCAGAAAUCUUUAUUUUGUUCUUUUUUUCACAGGUUUUCCAGGUGGUUUUGUUAUUUUGUUUAGGCACAGACAUUGAAUAUUUAUUUGAGGUUUAUAUUUAUUCUGUUUUGUUUAUGUUACGCCCAGUGCACCUGAAAAGUGAUUUUGCUUGGCUGUGAAAUGAAGUUUCAUCUGAAAUCUGUGCUAAGACUCUUAAUAAACAUCAAGCCUGUUCAGAUCCCUGGAAA